AGACCUUCUCGGCCUUUGGUGGGGUGGGCUGUUCUUAGGGACGCUUGACCUGCCUUCUCCCGGGCCUGCGCGCAUCUGUACACAUCGCAGGGCCAGAGAAACUAGGCCAGGACUCAGCCCCCGGAAGGGUUGUGGGCAAGGCAGUGAGGACACCCCACUUCUCCCAGGCCGAAUCGGGCUCUUCUGGAGCCCCGGAGAGGCGGCUGCUUGGACGUCUGCAGAGACAGGCCUCGAGCCAGGCUGCUAUGAAGAGUGACACGUCGACAGCUGCAGUCCCCCUUAGAGGGGUCAGGGGCGCCCUAAGCAGCACUGAACCCGUGCGCGUCUCCCUCUCGCCGGCGGCGGCUUCGGCUCUACUGGAGGAGGCUGCUGACCUCUUGGUGGUGCACUUGGACUUCCAGGCGGCGCUGCAUACCUGCGAGCGAGCGGGCAAGAGCCUGAGCAAGGCGGCCCUGGCGGACGCGCCAGCGGGCACCUCCUUGGAAGUGAAAUGCUCCCUGUGUGUUGUGGGGAUCCAGGCCCUGGCAGAAAUGGAUCGGUGGCGGGAAGUUCUUUCCUGGGUUCUUCAGUAUUAUCAGGUCCCUGAAAAGCUACCCCCCAAAGUCCUGGAGCUGUGUGUUCUUUUAUAUAGCAAAAUGCAAGAGCCUGGAGCUGUGCUGGAAGUGGCCAGUGCCUGGAUGCAAGACCCAGACAAUCAGGGCCUUCCAGAAUACAGAGCCUUGGCAGAACUUCACCUGCAGCAGGUGCUGCUGCCUCUGGGCUGCUUGUCAGAGGCUGAGGAGCUAGUGGUGGGCUCUGCAGCCUUCAGUGAGGAGCAGCGCUUAGAUGCACUCCAGGCCAUUAGCGCAGCAAGGCAACAGCAGAAACACGAACACUCUGACUCUGAGGAGGACCAGAAGCUAAACCAGGAAGGCUCCUCCCACAAGUUCCUAUCACUACUGAUGUUGCUUCGCCGGCUUUGGGACUCUGCAGUGAGCCACUUAGUUUCCUUGCCCUUCAAAAAGAGCCUCCUGGCCACCUUGAUCCUCUGGCUCUUGGUGGUGAGGUUUGAUCCAGCUUCCCCUUCUUCCCUGCCCUUCCUCUGCAAGCUGGCCCAGCUCUUCCAUUGGAUCCGGGAGGCUAUGUUAUCUUCUCUUUACUAGCUCCCCAUCCAUGACUGAGUGGUCUCCAUUCACCUCAGCCUCUCCACUCCCCACAGCAGAGUAACUCAUCCAUGGCGCCAAUUUCCUGUUGCUGACUGGGCCCCUAUGGGAGUGGGUCCAGUCUGAUUCUAGGAAGAGCUGAUUCAAUCACACAAACUGUCUUGCUGCCGGAAUGCUCUCCCCUGUGCGUCCCACUUUGGCUGGUGUCAGUAGGUCGUGUGGAAACAAAGCAGGGCCAGAGGGCACAAGUCCUCCAGAACAGUUCCCGCUUAUACCCAGAGGCCCCUUGUAAAGGAGGAGUUUGGGAAUGAGAGUACAUCCAUGAAACAUUCCAUCUUCUUGGCAAAGGCAAGGGGUUGAUUUUUCAGGUCAGGGUGUGAAUGAAGCUUGGAAGUUCAGAAAAAAACCCCUUGAAAAACUUACCCCUAGAGUUUAUACCUGAGAGGGCCCAUUUUUUCUUAUGCUUCUCUCCAUGGAUCUGGCCUAGUUGUUUAUCUGCAGACAAUUCCCAUGGUUUUCAAUGGACUCAAAGCUGCUUGGGCCCAUUCUCUGUUCAGACCAGGACAUAGCUUUCAGAACCACCCAGGUGACUACUGAAAACAAAGUGAGCGCUGGCCGGUUUGGCUCAGUGGUUAGAGCAUCAGCCCGCAGACUGAAGGGGCCCGGGUUUGAUUCUGGCCGAGGGCA